CGACUUUGCGGUGACUGGAAAUGGCUUGGCAAGUCAAGUGAAUAACCCUGAGGUCGAAGUAGAUAUUACCAAGCCAGAUAUGGUGAUUCGCCGGCAAAUCAUGGCUCUGCGGGUGAUGACCAACAAGCUGAAGAAUGCGUACAGUGGGAAUGAUGUCGACUUCAUUGACAUAAGUGAGGAGAGCAGUGGGGAGGAGAGCGGCAGCGGCUGUGAGCUCCAGCAGUGCUCCCCGGAGUUCGAGUUCAACGCCACCGAAGUCACCGGGAGCUCCAACAAAAGCGAUAAGAAUGUGAACACUUCUGCCGCCACCAGGAGCGGUUUAUCACAAGCAGCCUUGCUCCUUAGCUUUUUGUUCUUGGCCAUGCAAAGACAAUGGAGAUAAUUGUGCAGCAUAGGGGUGGGGGGGAAAAAAGACUUUUAUUAUCGAAGUUAGAAGGCACCUGCUUUCACUUUUAUACCAUCUAGGGACUUUACUUUUUAAGUUAAUGGACAACAGUGUACAGUUUUUACUAUGUUGCCACUGAUUUUUAAGGUACUGAUUAUUUUUUUUUCCCUUGCUAUUCUGGGAGUAACAGGAACAGGGACUACCAGUCUGUCUCGUUCACCAAAAGUCCAUGUUAGAGGUGGAUAACAAAAAUGUAUAUACAAGCCUGUAGUUAGCUCUGCAUUUGUGUCUUUAUCACUUUUCUUUUUUUUAAUUUUAUUUUAUUUUACCGUAUUUCUUACAAAACAAAACAAAAAAAACCCAGGGUCUUCUCUUGGCCUGUAACAAGUAUGUGUUUCUGAAAAGAGAAAUAUCUGUACAGAAGCAGGUUUUAUUUAUCAUGUUACCUUGUGGGGAGAAAAUAACUGCCCAACAAGCAGAGAACGUGUUUCAUGUAGUUAACUUCCCAUUUAUCCACAUUAUGUUAGUUGCCUUAUCUGGAGAGAAGUGGAAGUAAUUUGUCUUUAUUACGUGGUAAAACAGAAGGUGAAUGC